AUGGCUUUGUUUUUCGGACAAAUAUGGAUUAAGAAACCUGUCUUAUCUCAGUUAUGGAGAUCAAAUAAUAAUGAAAGGAAAUAUCAGAGUAAUCAUCUUAAUAAUCAGUGCCUUGGUGUUAUUAUCAGCUGUCAUCAAUACUGCUUUACCAUAAGAUCCGAAAAUGAGAAUAAAUCUCACGAAUUUACCGAAAAAAUUAAGAAACUUUUCAAAGGAGACGAUGAUGAACAACCUCCAUCUGAUGAAGAGAAAGCUCCACCUAAAGAAAACUUUUUAAGAGAUCCAUGA